AUGUCUAACCGUCCCAAGUUUGAGGCGGCAUGGGUGACCAUUAAGCAAGAACUACUGGAUCAUUUCAAUGGCGAAGGCAUGCCUCAAGAUGCCGCAGAGUGGUAUGAAAGAAGCCUAGACUACAAUGUUCUAGGAGGCAAGCUCAACCGCGGAAUGUCAGUCGUCGAUACCAUCAAGAUACUCAAGGGGCGCGCUCUCACUGAUGACGAGUAUAUGAAGGCGGCGGUGCUGGGAUGGAGUGUCGAGUUGCUCCAGGCCUUCUUCCUCGUCGCCGACGAUAUCAUGGACAGCUCAGUCACGCGCCGCGGCCAACUUUGUUGGUACCGCGUUCCCCAAGUUGGGCAUAUCGCAAUAAAUGACUCGUUCAUGCUUGAGAGCGCCAUAUACUUUCUCCUUAAGAAACACUUCCGAGCAGAAAGCUACUAUGUGGACCUACUCGAGCUGUUCCACGAGACUACCUAUCAAACAGAGAUGGGUCAGCUCAUCGAUCAGCUCACGGCGCCUGAAAAUAAAGUUGAUCUUAGCACGUUCUCCUUAAACCGACACAGCCUCAUCGUGAUAUACAAGACUGCAUACUACUCCUUCUAUCUCCCUGUAGCACUCGCCAUGCACAUGUGCCGCGUUCCCAUAACUUACACCAUCGACUCGGCUACUGUUCAGCCAUACGAAUCCGCUAAAUCCAUUCUGAUCCCUCUUGGCGAGUACUUCCAGAUCCAAGACGACUUCCUUGACUUUUCUGGGACCCCGGAGCAGAUCGGGAAGGUCGGCACGGAUAUCUUGGAUAACAAGUGCUCGUGGUGCAUCAAUACAGCUUUGGAGCUGGCAUCUCCGGAGCAGAGGAUAGUACUUGAUGAGAAUUACGGCCGGAAGGAUCCUGCGGCUGAGGGAAGGGUGAAGGUGGUGUUUGAAGAAGUUGGGUUGAGGCAGAAAUAUCAUGCUUAUGAAGAGGGCGUCUACUCGGAUCUGGUGCUGAUGAUUGAAGCUAUACCAGAGACACAGCAGGAAGCAACACUCAAAAGAGAAGUGUUCCGGAGUUUCCUGAACAAGGUCUACAAGAGAGAGAAGUAG